UAGUCAGCAAGCUCCUGUUGGGAGACGCUGAGCUCCAGCGCUUUACUGUCAUUGAGGAAGUUACACUGACUCUUCAUUAGGCUGCAGGCUUUGGUUAAAUCCUUCUUUUUUUCCCCCCUCUUGCAUCCAGCUUAAGCGGUUUCAGUUUUAAUUUGCCUAGUUGCCUUAGCUGACAAAUGAACAGAGAUUUUCAGCACUAGGGACGCAAAAGAAAAGGAAAAGGAUUGUUGAAACUUAAGAAAAGCAGCAUUCAAAAAAAAGAAAGAGAAAAGAGGAAAAGAAAAGAAAAAUCAGUGAAAACCUGCUGACAAGACAGGACAAACGUGCUUGCAUGCUAGCUGAUUCACUUGUUCUACGCCAACUCCAGAGCAACACCAUGCAGCAUCCUCUGACGGGUGCAACUUGCGUGGCACUGCCAAAUGUGGGCAUGUGUCCACAGCUCUCUUGUGCCUUGACUUUUAUGUACUUGCAGCAGGGUAAUCAGGAAGGAACAGCACCUCCUGACACAAUGGCGCAGUCGUAUGCCUCUCCUCAGUUUGCCCCAACCCAGAAUGGAAUCCCAGCAGAAUAUACAACUCCACAUCCAGCUCCAGACUACACAGGGCAGACAACAGUUACAGAUCACACGUUAAAUUUAUACCCUCCAGCGCCAACACACUCUGAACAGAGUGCCACCGAUACAAAUGCACAAACUGUCUCUGGCACAGCAACACAGACAGAUGAUGCAGCACAGACUGAUGGACAGCAACAGACACAACCUUCUGAAAACACAGAAAACAAAACACAACCUAAGAGACUUCAUGUUUCAAAUAUCCCCUUCAGAUUCAGAGACCCAGAUCUUAGACAAAUGUUUGGUCAAUUCGGUAAAAUCUUAGAUGUUGAAAUCAUUUUUAAUGAACGGGGCUCCAAGGGAUUUGGUUUCGUAACGUUCGAAAAUAGUGCUGAUGCGGACAGGGCAAGAGAGAAAUUACACGGAACGGUGGUAGAGGGUCGUAAAAUAGAGGUUAAUAAUGCUACUGCUCGUGUUAUGACAAACAAAAAAAACUUAAAUCCUUACACAAAUGGAUGGAAGCUGAAUCCUGUUGUGGGAGCAGUUUAUAGUCCUGAAUUCUAUGCAGUACCAGGCUUCCCCUACCCUGCAGCUACAGCUGCUGCUGCUGCUUACAGAGGUGCCCACCUCAGAGGCCGAGGCCGUACAGUCUACAACACAUUUCGUGCUGCAGCGCCACCUCCUCCAAUCCCAGCUUAUGGCGGGCCUUCACCUAUUCAACUUCCAGUCUGUUAUUCAAACCACUGCCCGGUUGCCAAGGUCAGUGACCCUAGCAACCAGAUAGCAGUUUUAAUGCCAAACUGGAGAGCAGCAGAACAAAAAAGUGUUGUUUACCAGGAUGGAUUUUAUGGUGCAGAUAUUUAUGGAGGUUAUGCAGCUUAUCGAUAUGCUCAGCCUGCUACAGCAACUGCAGCAGCUUAUAGUGACAGUUACGGACGAGUUUAUGCUGCCGACCCCUACCACCACACACUUGCUCCAGCAGCCACCUACGGCGCUGGUACCAUGAAUGCUUUUGCACCCUUCACUGAUGCCAAGACUAGGAGCCAUGCUGAUGAUGUCGGUCUCGUUCUUUCUUCAUUACAGGCUAGUAUAUACCGAGGGGGAUACAACCGUUUUGCUCCAUACUAAAUGACAAUACCAUAAAACUCUUCCAGUGUGGGAAAAAAAGAAGCUUUCCGAGGCCUGGGUAUUGCAAUACAUGCAGUAGU